AUGAUUUUGAAGUAUCUCGGGACAGUGUUGUCCUCCAGUGAUAGUGAGAAUCGCGUGGUGGCUCUCGCCUGGUCACCAAAUAAUCUUAAACUAGCUGUCGCUUUGUCAGACCGUUCAAUUUACUUGUUCGAUGAGAAUGGCAACAGAAAGGAUCGGUUUUCGACGAAACCUGUGGACUCAAAGUUUGGAAAGAAGAGUUAUGUCGUGAAGACGAUAACUUUCUCCUCGGACUCGACGAAAAUUGCUGUUGGUCAGAGUGACAACAUCAUCUACGUGUAUAAAAUCGGGGAGGACUGGGGUGAGAAAAAAGUAAUCUGCAACAAAUUCGGCCAGAGCAGUGCGGUCACUUGCAUGAUAUGGCCCCCGGAGGGCCCAAUAAUUGUGGGUCUGGCGGACGGAAAGGUCCGCGUCUCCAUUUUAAAAGCCCACAAAGCCCAGACCCUGUACACAGCUGACGCGAUGACAAUCGCUCUGGCGGCGAACGUCAAAAACACUGCGUUCCUCUCGAGCCACGCGGACGGAAGCAUAAUCCGUUACUUUCUCAAAAGCGACGGCAACACCGAGCCCUCGGGUCGAGUCGUCACCCACGGGGUGCCAGCUUACGCCCUAGCUUGGGCUCAAGGUCACAUUUGCGCCGGCGGAUGCGACAAGCGUCUGACCUUCUACGACUCCCACGGAAAAGUCGCCAAAGUCUUCGAUUACUCGCGCGAUCCCCAGGACAAGGAAAUCUCCGUUGCCUGCUGUAGUCCAAGCGGCCAGAGCGUUGCGAUCGGGUCUUGGAACAGGAUUCGAACCAUCGACUGGAGCCCCAGACGCGCCGUCUGGGAGGAGACCAACAGCCGAGAACUCCCAAACUUCUACACCGUGACUGCUCUCUCCUGGCGGCGGGACGGCUCCAGAUUGGUCAUCGGGGGUCUCACCGGUGCUGUUGAACAAUUCGAGACUGUUCUGAAACGCGCGAUGGUCAGAGGAAGCCACGAAGUUGCCUACGUCGGCCCCAGUCAAGUCGUCAUCCGUUCGCUGAACAGCUCCAGCCGUCCUGUGAUCAUCAAAUCCUCGACGGGAAAUGAGAUCGAAGACGUCAGGGUGAUGGGACGCUCGGACAACCACAUCGUCGCAAGGACGAACUCCACUCUUCUCAUCAGUGACAUCGACCUGAACCUCCUGAGCGAAAUCCCUUGGGAGGAUAAGCCAGGAAACGAAAAGUUCUUCUUCGAGUAUCCGGGGGUCUGUCUGAUCUUUUACGCGGGAGAGCUGACCAUCGUGGAGUACGGGAAGAACGAGAUCCUGGGGUCUGUGAGGACUGAAGCUGUCAACCCUCAUGUGGUGUCGGUGAGGAUCAACGAGCGUCAGGUGGUGGGGAUGCCUGACAACAAGCGGUUGGCUUAUCUGCUUGACCCGAAGACAGUCAGGAUCAUCGACUUCCUGACGGGUGCGACCAUCAGCAUCAUCAGUCAUGAUGCCAGAGUCGACUGGUUGGAGUUGAGCGAGACUGGCCAUCGGUUGCUGUCGAGGGAUAAGAAGGGCCGGCUCUGGCUUUGUGACGACAAGGGAGGAAGGACGCUUCUGCUCACUGGUACGGGGUUCGCUUCGUGGGUGCCCGGAAGCGAUGUUGCUGUCGCCCAAACUGGGAAUAAACUCGCUGUCUGGUACAACGUUGACGCACCGGAGGCUGCAACCCUCAUCGCGAUCCGAGGGGAUGCCAUUGACAUCGAGAGAGAACCAGGGAAGACAGCUGUUGUCGUAGAAGACUCUGGAUCGCGAGUCUUCUACCCGUUGGACGAGGGAUUAAUUGAAUUUGGAACGGCUCUGCAUGACAACGACUUCGGGAGAGUUGUCCUCUUCCUUGAAGAACUGGGGGAUCGACCUCAGGUGGAAGCCAUGUGGGAGAACGUAGCUAGGAACGCGAUGGCGGAAAGGAAGUUUCUGGUCGCGGCUCGAUGCUAUGCAGCUCUGGGAGACGUUGCUUGCUCGAGUUUUCUCAAGGACAUCGUGAAAACCGGAGAAAAGUACGCGAAGGAGACUGGCAACGAUCCAAUGGGCUCUCCAGACUGCUGGGCUAAGCUGGCGAUACUCAGUGGAGAGCUGAAGACGGCUGAGGCUAUCUACCUCGAGCAGAACGAACUCGAUAAAGCGCUCAAGAUGUACCAGAAGUACUGGCACUGGGAGGACGCCCUGAACCUCGCAGAGACUCGAGACUGGUCGGGCUUGAAAGAACUCAAGGAGAAGCACUUGGCCUGGCUAGCGAAGAGCGGUCAAUCGGCAAGAGCAGCCUCGAUAAUUGAGAGCGACGAUCCCAAGAAAUCGGUGAAGCUGUUUCUGGAGGCUGGACGGGCUGGUCGGGCAGGGCGUUUGCUACUGGUGCACGAGGAUCUUCUCGACGAUCAAGACCUCACGAAGCAGGUGGUCAAGGCUCUCAAGGCGGCAGACCUCAUGGAGCUGGCGGGGGAGAUCCUGGAGAGGACCAACGACUUCCCAGCGGCGAUAAAAUGUUACGGAGAAGCUGGGGUGUUCGCGAGAGCCCUCGAUCUAGCCAGAUCCGUCGAGCCUAAUUCUGUUGUCUCUCUCGAGAAGGAAUGGGGCCAUCAUCUGGCGAAUGGCGGACACUUCGAUGCGGCCAUCAAUCACUUCAUCGAAGCUGGGGAGACUGCAUUGGCUCUGAAUGCUGCGAUCAACGCGAGGCAAUGGCGGAAGGCUCUGCAAAUCGUCCAAGUCAUCGACAGCGAUGAUCCCCUGAUUCAGGAACAGUGUGCAAAGCUCGGGGAGUACUACGCGUCGAUGGGAGACGCGAACCUCGCGGAGAACCUCUUCCUCCGGGCGGGGGUUCCCCAGAGAGCGGUGGAAGUCCAGAUAAAGUCCAAUAAUUGGUCUAGAGCGUACGAAGUCGCCAUGGAGUACAUGAAAUCCGAAGAGGCCGUUGAUGUCCUCACGGGUCAUGCCGAGAGUCUUCAGGAAGCUGGAGACUUCAGAUACGCGGAAGCUCUCUUCGUGGCCAUUGGUCAGUACGACGCCGCCAUUGCGAUGUACAGAAGAGCGGGACUGCGGAACGAUAUGAUACGACUAGUCGCCGAACAUCGACCGGAUCUUCUGAAGACGACUCAUGCUUAUCUGGCGAGGGAGCUAGAGGCCGCCGGCAAGACCAGAGACGCUGAAGAGCACUUUCUUGGCGCGGAAGACUGGAAGGGAGCAGUUUCUGCUUACAAAAACGCUAACAUGUGGGAGGACGCUCUCAGGGUCGCCAAGAUGGCCGCGGGGGACAAGGCGGGGCAGCAGGUGGCGCUCAUGUGGGCUAGGACGCUAGCUCCCGAACUAAGUGCGAGACUUCUGAUGAGGUUGAACUAUUUGGACGCUUGUCUCAACAUCGCUUGUGAGGCGGGGUUGUUCGAGUGGGCUUUGGAGACUGUCAAGUAUGGGAAUGCUGACCAGCAGAAGGAAGUUUACUACAGGUACGCGAUGGCAUUGGAAGACGAGGGGAAGUAUCAGGAAGCUGAAAAGGAGUUCAUUCGGGCGGGAAAGGCGACUGAGGCUGUGCAGAUGUACAUUCACACUAGGGAUUGGGACGCCGCGGAGGAGGUGGCGCAGUCUGUUGGGCAGGAAGCCGUGGCUCAAGUCCUAGUGGCGAGGGCUUCUGAAGCCGCUGACAACCAGGACUUCGCGUUCGCGGAGUCGUUACUCCUGAGGGCACACAAGCCCGAUAUCAUUGUGGAGCAUUACAAGAAGGCGGGGAUGUGGUCAGAAGCCAUGAGAGUCUGCAGAGAGUACCUGCCCAGUCAGGAAGCUUCGUUGAGGCGUGAGUUAUCUCAGAAGAGUUCUGGGAUCGAGGGGGUGAACAGCUUGGAGGAAGCUCGACGCUGGUUGGAAGAGGGGGAGGUGCGAACUGCCUUAGACAUCCUCAUCUUCGAUCCACAUCCUUCGAGACCCAUUCUCACUCAAGCUGCUGACAUCCUACUGAACCAAGCUGAACCGGAGACUGCUCUCCAAGUUGGCGGUGAUCUGGGUAACAAAUUAGUGCUUCUGGGAGAGCACGCACUAGCCGCUCAGGUUUAUCUUCAAGCGGACAAACUCAAGGAGGCGAUCAAUGCGCUGGCUUCUGUUGGCGACUGGGUGAGAGCGAAACGAAUUGUUCGGGAACUUGCGCCAGAGUUGGAGUCCUAUCUCGAGGACAAGUACAGGGAGAACGCGGGGAGGGAUAGUGUGGAGAGGAUGUCAGAAGGAAGUGUAGACUCAACCCUGGAAGCCUUAGCGAGAAAGGGUCAGUGGAUCCAAGUCUUCGAGGCCGCGAGCUCUCAGAGCCCUGAGCUUCUCCAUAAGUACGUGGCCCAGCGGGCGGCUCAGCUGCUGAAAUCUGGAACUCCUGAGCAAGCUCUUCAUCUUUACAAUCAAUUUGGAACUCCACCCAUCGCGCAGUACCACAAUCUUUAUUACCAUCUGGCCGAGGCGGUGUUGAACUCUCAUGAUGGGUCUCUGGACGCUCGGUACAAUCGACUGUCUCAACUCCGGAGUUUCCUGUUGGGAUUGCUGAGGAACAUCGAGAGUUCUUCGUCGAAUGAAGACAAGUUCGGGAGAUUGUUAAGAGCCACCCAUUACUCAGCUGUCAAAGCCGCUUGCCGGGGAUUCCCCCCGGUGUCUCACCUAGAGAUGAAGUGUUCCGUCUCUCUACUGAGAUUCUCUGACGUCUUGUUGGCUGAUAGAUGUUACUACGAAGCCGGGGUUGACUGCAGAAAUGCUGGAUCUCACAGCGAAGCCUUUGUCUUCCUCAAUCACUUCUUGGAUCUUGAGGAGUGCAUCGAAGAGGGUGACGGGAGUAUUCUGGAUGUUGAUGAUCUGAGGAUAACGGACUUCCCUCUGGAGGUCCCGCUGCCUGAAGACCUGAGUCUGUCGAGGGAGGAGAGGGAGGAGGUCAGGGAGUGGGUGCUAGCUGUGUCCAUGGAUCAGAAGGUGGAGCAGGGGCUUCCUGUCGACAACAGGGGGGUUUACAUCGGGUCCUUAACGUGCCCUGCGAACGGAUCUACUCCGCUGCAAGAGUGCGCGUUGACUGGGUAUCCUGUUCGAGGGGCUACGGUUAGGUUCGAGGGGAGCAGUCGAGUUGUUGACAGGGAGGACUGGAAUAAGAUGCUGAGUGCUGCUAGGCAAGCACCGCAGGACUCUCCUCUCAAUGAUGUUCUUGCGUUUGUACAGGAGUGGUGUGGCAAUUUACCUAGUUAUACGUUUUAAUUGUUUGUUGUAGAGUAGGGGAAUGUUUUGGGAACGUUUGUAUUUGUAAGAGGACCAUGUCCUGUUGAUCAUUCGUUUCACCAAUCAGGGGGCAAAAUUUUCCCGCCAAUUCUAUUUUCUUGUGGAAGAAGACAAAUGUGAUACCUCUUCCUGCAAACGUCCGCAUACGAUGAAUAAGGA